AUGUCCCGCAUAACUUCCUUGUCACAAAAUUUCAGAACACGAAGAUGGAACUCAACGUACACUAAUGUGCUCAAGAAUCUUAAGGCUGGAGAUCCAGUUGAUGUUGGUGAUGUGAGAAAAGCUCUUGCAUCAAAAGAGUUGAGCGCACAUGAGCUUGAAGAACUCCGACCAAUAAUAAAGACAAGUGCUUCACCUGAGGUUAUCAAUGAAAUAUUGCACCAUACUUUACCGAAAGAUUUUUCUCUUUACUUUGCUAUGACGAAAGAGAGACCUUCGCAUCUGUGGAACGAAAGAUCGUUACUUUCGUUGUUAAAGAGCAAUCCGGGCCGGGUUUACACGCUGUCGGAUUUGUUAAAGAAACAUGCAUCUGGAUCAGUGAGCAAUGAGAUUCGGAAAGUUGUUUUGCUGAAGUUGCUCCUUGGUGAAGCCGCAGAAGUGCGUGAUGGAGAGUUCGAAUUGACGAACGACAAUGUCACGAAAGCCAUUGAGCUUUUGAACCAAAUGGAUCACACGGAUGAGUUAGACCAUCUUCUCAAUGUUCUAUUGAACCACAUGAUUGCCCAAGAUACAACACAUACUGCCAGUGACAUCACUCUACAAGGAUUUGAGGAGUGGCUCAAUGCAACCAAACUUUCUGAAGUUUCAGAAAGGCGGGCCUUCUUAAAUUUGUCUCAAGUUGUUUUUGAGAGAGAUCCUCGAUUGUUAUCGAAGCAGACAUUGAGCCGAAUUGUGUCGUAUGACAUUGAGGAAAAUACUCCGUCAGAAACGGAGUACAUUUCACAAGUUCUUCAGUACAUUGAGACGAACCACUUAGAUAUCGACAGAAAAGAUGCAGAGGCACUCUUGCUUAGAAUUCAGCUCAUCGAGACCUAUGGGAUCAAUAGGGAUCGUAUGGAUCUUGCUCUUGAAAAGUUUCAUUUGUAUCAAGCACACGAGAAAUUUGGAAUUGAGCUCGUACAAACAAAACUUGUCCAAGCAUUUUGCUAUCAAGCAUUUAAGAAGAAAGAUACAACACUGCUCAAGAUAGCUGAAACUUUGAUCGUUGCCGAUGAAAUACCAGUGAAAAGCAUCGCUCAUCUCAUACUCGCGAACAGUUGCUUCGAUAGCGAAAGAUCCUUGAAAAUCUAUAACGAUUACAUUAACGAUGUACCAAAAACCAUAAACAAGAAUACCAAGCGUUCAUCCUCGGGCCUUCUUACCGAAUGCAUGAUGAUAGCCAGUCUUUAUGGAAACGAUCGUGAGUUUGCGCAGCUUUUAUUCGAAAAAGCUGUGCAGAACAAGAUCGUGGUCGAUGAAAUGGAAAUUGCCACCAUGAAAAAGGUGUUCAAAGUUUACGGAGACGCCUUUGCUGACGAUAGCUGGGAGUCUGCAGAACCAAGAUUAGCUCAGUAUGUUCUCAGAACCAUUAAGAACUUGUAA